UGGUGGCAGCAGGCCGUAAAAUUCAAGCCAAAACACUUCUCCUAGUCAUGAAAAAGUCACAAAAAGAAUCGAGUAUAAAUACUAGGGCGUCCCCCUUAAGCGACGGCAUCAAGAAUAUGGAAGCAGGAAAUACUAGGGCGUCCCCCAAAAGCGACGGAAGAGGCACCGAGCCUACAUCCCAAAACCAUAAAUUGCGUAUCGCUAGUUGGAAUGUAGGCUCGAUGACAGGACGCAGCGCCGAACUGGGCGAAGCCUUACGUAGAAGACGCAUAAACCUGUGCUGUAUACAAGAGACGAAAUGGAAGGGGUCGAAAGCUAGGCAAAUUGGAAACGAGUACAAGCUCAUCUACCAUGGAACCGAUCCGAAAAAUGGUGUUGGAAUAGUGGUAGACAAGAACUUUCAAGAACGUAUAGUGGAGGUUAACCGAAUAAGCGACAGACUUAUGUCCAUAAAAUUCGCGUUAGACGGUCAACCGUGCAUGAACGUGAUAAGCGCAUACGCCCCACAAGUUGGUCGCCCAAGCGAUGAGAAACAGACCUUUUGGGAUGACAUGUAUGACCUACUCCAGUCAAUACCACGAGACGAGUCAAUCUACAUAGGCGCGGACUUAAACGGUCAUGUAGGAAGCACAACAAACUCAUACCACAGAAUCCACGGAAACCAAGGAUACGGAACCCUUAACCCAGAGGGCGAAGCCAUUCUACAGUUCGCUUCAACGUACGACCUAGCCAUCGUCAAUACUUUUUUCACAAAAUCAGAACAACACCUUGUAACCUACAAGAGUGGAGGCAACAACACUCAAAUAGAAUAG